AUGGCCCCGCCCCUCUCCCGUUGCCAUGGCGGCCCCGCCCCGCGCGGUCACGUGACGCGGCCGCGCGCAGGGCGCCCCCCGCCGCCGGACGCGCCCGCGAUGCUGCGCCCGCCCGGGCCCGGUGGGUGCGGGACCCCCGAGAUCCCUCCCGGGACCCCCCGGCAACGCCCCGGCCUCCCCGCCGCGCCCCCGCCCCAGCCUAGCCCCCGGCAGCCCCGCUCUGCCCGCGCCCCCUGCCCCGGGCCUGCUGCUGCUUCCACCGCAGCGACCCCCCCGGGCCCCUCCCCGGGCCUGUCCGAUCCCCUCGGGCCUCAGCCGGACCCCCGAACCCCCCGGGCCUUAUCGGGACUCACCGACCCCCCAGGGCCCCUUCCCGGGUCUCAGCGGGAGCCCUCACGGACUCCCGGGCCUGUCCUGUCACCGCCCGGGCCUCGUCGGGACCCCCCGGGCCUGUCGCGCCUUCCUCGGGCCCCGUCGGGACUCCCUAGGUCCACCGGGCCUGUUCAGCUCCCCCCAUUCCGGGCCGCAUCCCCCAUCCCCCACCCUGACCCCCCCGCCUGGAGCCCCUCGGGGGGAUGGGGGGAUGGGGGACACCAGGGGUGGGGGGGGAACAGCGGCGUGUUCAGCCCCCCCGAUCCGCAGGGACCCUCCCAGGGACCUAUGGCUGGGAAAACAGCCCUCGACACCCGGCCCGGGGAUGCUGAGCGGGUUUGGGGGGACCGGGGACCCCAAAGGAGCCGGUGA